GGUAAAGAAGUGCCCGGCAGCUCACCACUGUGUUGGUAAAGGUGUAGGUACUGGUAUUGACACUGUGCGGGGGGCGACACAGGCGAAGACCGGGUAGGACCAGUAUAACGAUAUGUUACUUUGAUAACUCGCACAUUGCCAUCAUUACAGCUAUUAGCAUUGAGUGAAUACCUGGUAGCCUUAGUAGCUUCUCACAACGUGCACACCAGUGGACGGCGCAGGUACCAGGCAGUAGACUUUAGCCACUCCAAAGCACAAAAUGGCGACAGUACCUUCAGGUCUAAGACCAGAAAUUAAGGACAACGCUGAUGGGUCCAUCCGUGUGGAGUACAGCCCCGUGGCCGGAGGACGUCACGAGGUCCAGAUGUGUUAUGAAGGAAACGCUGUGGAAGGUAGCCCUUUCUCGUGCCUGGUCGACAAGGUCGAUGGCGGGUAUGUCACAGCCUUCGGAGGUGGUUUGGUAGGAGGAAUGAGUGGACAGACGACAACCUUUACCAUCACCGCGAAAGCAGGAACCCUUAAGGACGUAUCUAUAGAAAUUGACGGACCAACAAAGACGGACUUUAAAAGGAAGGAUAACUCGGAUAGAUGUGAUGUGUCCUUCAUGCCAAUGACGCCCGGAUUGUACAACAUCAUUAUCAAAUACAAAGGAAAGGAAAUCAAGGGUUCACCCUUCCAGUCUAAAGUUUCAGGUGAAGGCCGUAAGCGCUCUCAGUUGUCACUUGCCAAUAGCAGUGACUACUCCCUUGAUGUACUGGAACCAGAGAUCGUAGAUUUAGCUGGUCAUCUGAAGACUCCUAAUAACACCACAGAGCCAUGCAUCUUGAAGAAACUGGCCGAUGGGCAUUUAGGUUUGGCCUCCUUUACGCCCCGACAGAAGGGAGAAUACAAAGUACAGGUAUAUAGAAACGAGAAACACAUCAAAGGAAGUCCCUUCUCCAUCAAUGUCGGCGACGGCGAGAUCGCUCAUGCAGCGAAGGUGAAAGUCACUGGACCAACCACAGAAGCCCUUGCAAACCAGUCCAAUGUACUCAAAAUCGACACCAACAGUGCAGGUUAUGGAGGCUUGAGCAUGGUGAUUGAGGGCCCUCACAGGUCAGAGAUCGACUGUGUUUCCUCCGAGAACCGCCUGUAUGAGAUACAUUACAGUCCUCAUGAGCCUGGAAUCUACAUCCUCAAUCUCCGUUUCGCCGACGAGCAUGUCACAGGGAGUCCGUUCCUGUUAAAUGUGGUUGGAGACCCAUCGGGACGUGUCAGGGAAACUAUCACAAAGCAGAUGGAACAGGCUGAACCAGUGAAAAAGGGAGACCACUGUGAAUUUAUGUUAAAGAUCCCAGGUACUAAUCCCUUUGAUAUGGAGGCAUCUGUGACUGACGGAGACGGAUGUACCGAACUUUGUGAAAUUAUGGAUGAGGAUGAUUUCCACUACAGGAUGAACUUCACCCCUCAGAUGACAGGCACUCAUAUUCUUAGUAUCAAGCACAAGGGCAUGCAUAUCUCAGGUAGCCCUUUCAUUUACUCCGUUGGACAGCUUUCGUCAGGCGGUACUCACAAGGUCCAAGUAGGAGGUCCAGGCAUUGAGCGUGGAGAAGUGGGAAUCAGCAAUGACUUCAACAUUUACACACGCGAGGCUGGAGCCGGGGAGCUCGGUGUAGCUGUGGAGGGCCCAUCAGACGCCAAGAUUAAACUAGAGGAACGACCUCAUGGUUUCUUAGGCAUUUCAUACUUUGUCAAAAAACCAGGAAUGUAUGGUAUUCACAUAAAGUUUAAUGAUGAACAUAUUCCCAACUCUCCAUUCAUGGUGAACAUUGCCCCCGAUAGUGGUGCCACCAGACAGGUCACGGUACAUGCUCUCAAGGACAGGGGACUGGCGGUGGAUAAACCAGCUACCUUCACAGUCUCCUACAAUGGAGCCACCGGGGCAAUCCAUUCCUGUGUCAGGACUCCUUCGGGAGCCCACGAGGACUGCUUUCUGCAAGAAAUGGACACAGGUCUGUAUGCGGUGCGGUUCAUCCCAAAGGAAAAUGGUGUGCACUAUGUGGAUGUGAAAUUAAACGAUCACCAUAUCCCUGACAGUCCCUUUGCUCUGAUGGUCGGGUCUACCGCGGCUGAUCCCGCCAUGUUGCACGCGCACGGAGAAGGUCUAGAGCACGGCAAAUGCGGUAUGAAAAACAAAUUUGUGGUAAGGACGGUGGGAUCAGGUUCUGGCUUCUUAGCUGUAUUCAUCGAUGGUCCCUCGAAAGCAGCACUCAGCUGUAAAGAAGUUGACGAAGGGUACGAGUUCAGUUACUCCCCCUUCGCUCCAGGAAAAUACCUCAUCACAAUCAAGUACAGUAAUAUCAACAUCGCCGGAAGUCCUUACGCUGCCGUCAUCACAGCGUCUGGGGGCUCAGGAUCUGGACGGAAACCACUUCCAGUUAACGAACAAACUUCAAUGGUUGUGGAAACUAUGGAAAAGAAGCAUGGCGGCAAAUCAGUGAAACGCAUGCGUGGUGACGCUAGUAAAGUAACAGCCAGAGGCGCAGGUUUGAAGAAAGUGCGAACGAACACGGUGCAGAGCUUCUCCAUCGACACCAAAGAAGCUGGCAACGCCAUGUUAUUUGUGGCAAUGUGUGAUCCCAAAGGUAUUCCCGAACCCGAGCUCACUGUGAAGAAGAAUGGUCCUACACAAUUUACAAUCAGUUAUAAAUGUCACGAGAUCGGCGAGCACACACUCAUGGUGAAAUGGGGCGAUGAGGAUAUUCCCGGAAGUCCCUUUAUCCUAUCAACAUAAACUAAAACUCCUAUCAGUUAUAACAUUUCGAUUUUUCUACACAAAUAACGUAAGCGUUAUUGAUUUAUACAAAUAUUUUGGUGUUGUGCAAUCGCUUAUCAUUACGCGUUGAAGUUUGUUGAAGUGUGAUAUUCCCGACCCGGACCGUCCUUCAGAUGUAGACGCCAACUUCCAUCACCACACCUGUACUAUACUUUGCUCCAGAUACGUUCCGGUUUUUGAUUUAUUUUAUAAUAAUAUAUUUAUUUCAUUGUUUGCUAAUUUAUUAUUCGUAACAUUAUAUAUAAAGACGUCGAUUGUAGUUUAUGUUGUUAAUCAAGUAUUUCUCUGUAGCUUUUAGAACAAAACUGUACGUGAUAAGAUUCGUUAUCAAGAAAAAAGUGAAGUUGUAAAACUGCAAGGCUUCGGUAAAACGUAUACAUGAAUUAGAAUAAGCCAUUCAUGUUUCCAGUUAAAUGUGAUGCCAAAAGACAGGGACAUUCGACUUCGUAUGGACUGUUGAAAUAAACACGAUGUUUAGAUCAUUACUGA